GCAUUGGAGGAGGGAGAUAACUCUUAAUAAACUUUUGAUACCGGUGUCGCAGGAAAACAAUUUCAGUUGUCUACAAUCAAUAUAGAAUGAAAUAACAAAUAAUUUUUAAAAAGCCAAUUAUGAUUACAACACUUCAGACCCUUAAAACCAAGUUCUAUGCUGAUUCAGUAGAAUGGUGUCCAGUUAGUAAAGAUUCUUCAGUUCUGCUUGUUGGUAAUUAUCAACUCGUUGAAGAAUUACAACGCUCAGAGCAACAGGAUGAAGAGAACUCAAAUGUGAACUGUCGAGUUGGUAGACUGUAUGUAUAUCAACUAAAAUCAAAAGACUCCCAGGAACUGCUCUCCAUUGAUGAAGAGUUGAAUCAUUCCGGAAUAUUGGACAUUAAAUGGUUUCAUUCAGAUCUUAACGGUCACUCGUCAUUCGCCUUGGUCGAUGCUGAAGGUCAACUAUGUCUUUAUCGUCUUGAAGGUGAAGACCAGAAGCAUGUAUCUUUGACCAGUUCUGAAGAAUUAGAUUCUAAUGUUAUUGGUUUAUCCUUGGACUGGUCAAUUCCUCAACAAACAAGGGACCCUUCUAUCAUAGCUUCCAGUUCUGAUGGUAAGAUCUCACUAUGGCAGGUGACAAAUACUGGAUUGAAGAACAUUAUUAGAUGGAAGGCACAUGAUUUCGAAGCAUGGAUUUCAGCUUUUGAUUAUUGGGACGAAAAUCUGGCAUACACAGGUGGGGAUGAUUGUCGAUUUAAAGGUUGGGAUCUGAGAAGUUCACAGAGCAAACCAGUUUUCACCAGCAAAAUCCAUUCAAUGGGAGUAUGCAGUAUACAGAGCAACCCUAAGCUACCACAUAUCCUAGCUACAGGAAGCUAUGAUGAACAAUUGAUGUUAUGGGAUACUCGCAGCAUGAAGGCUCCACUUAGAUCUAAAUCCCUUGGUGGUGGAAUCUGGAGAAUCAAAUGGCACCCUAGUUCUGGUAAUUGUAUUGCUACAGCAACAAUGUAUAAUGGUUUCCACAUUAUUGACUGUGGAUUUCAUACCGCUGAUGCAGAAAUGAACAUUGUUGAACAUUACUGCCAUGAAGAUAUACUCGCCUAUGGCAUUGACUGGUUCCAGGGAGAAAGGCCAGUACCUCAUGACUGUGAUUCAGAAGUUUUAGCAUCCUGUUCAUUUUAUGAUUCUUCAUUACAGCUUUGGCAGUGGCAGCAUGAUAAUCAGCUUAAAAGUUAAUCAAGUAAUAAACCUUAAUCUUUGUAA